AUGGAUUUGAACUCUCUUCCAAACGAGGUGCUCUGCUGUAUUUUUGAUUACCUGCCAUGGAAAGAUCGACAGCGUGUUUCGCUAGUGUGCAGCAGAUGGAACGACAUUAUCAAUUCGGUUCACUAUCUACGUCGGCAGAGAUUGGUGCUCUACAACUAUGGCAAGGCAAAGUUUUUCUCCGGUGUCGGGGUGCAGCUACUGUGUCGUCAAAGAAGCAUCGAAUUUUAUUCGAACGCCAUGCUCGACACUGAGGAGCUGCUCGACACGAUAAUAAAAUCGUUCAGCACCGGGUCCGCCAUGGUUCAGUCGUUGACAUUGUUUCUACGCUCGGAGCAUAAGCUAGCGUUCGGGCUGUUGGUGGCCAACAUUCCCAACAUGCUUCACUUGACCGAGCUAAAGAUACACGCUAACGAUGCGCUUACAAACGGUGUCCACAUCGACAGUGCGUGCCUCGAGAAGAUCAGCAUUUCGUUCUAUCAAAACUCACUCUGUCGGCUCAAUACGCCACGAUUGCACACGUUGCAAAUGUCCGUACGGUACCGAAGCGAAAUGGAUCUGUUAAGCACGGUGUCUGCGCAACUAAUUGAGCUUAAGGUGUCGUUCAUCUCGAACGAUCAUUUGGCGCAACUGUUCAGUUGCGAUUUUAGUUCGCUGAAGAUGUUGAGUAUCUUGCUGAAAAAUGACAAAUACAUAUCGUACAGUGUUUCGCCGGUACUUCUUGGACCGCUGGAUAGAACAGGAAUAUUCUCCAGAAGCAUCGUUGGACUGGAAAAACUAUUCAUGUGUACCAUACAAAACACAUUCGACUACCAAUUCCUUCCGAUGUUUUCGCACGCAAAAUCUCUUAAAGCUCUCACUAUCAACAACUUCAAGAUGAUCGGUGAAGUGACCGACCUUAUUAACGGGUUUAAGGGACUUACCUAUCUUAAUCUAGAGGGAUGCCUAAGAAUAGACCCAGCGAAAACGUUGGAACUACCUGGCCUGCAGACACUAGUGAUGCCUUACAAACAGCUUUCAUUGUUUAGCGGAACACCGAUGAGCAUGCUUACAACGUUGUACUAUAAGAACACCGCGAAGGACCAAACCAACUUUGUCAAGCAGAUAUCAAACGCUUUUGCGAACCUGACCUUUCUCUGCCUGCAGCACUUUGACAACGAGCUCGACACGACCGCAUUUCUGCAUCUGAAUUUGUUGACGAAAUUGCGGGUGCUAGUCAUACAGAACAUGUCGGUAUCAAGCCACAUAUUCGUCAACUGUCCCACGAUGCUCCAGCUCGAACGACUGGUACUGGAUACGAUCGUGACGGAAGUGUCCAUACUGGAUGUGAUACCGGCCCGCUUCCCAUCGCUGCAAACGUGCGUAAUCAGCAACUGUUUCCUGUACCUGAUCCCUAAGGAUAGUGCCAAAUGUUACAUGACGUUUGAUGAAUUGCGCCGCCAGAUGCACUGUUGUCGCAUAUCGACAAAAGGUUCGACCAUUUUUACCAACCACGAUAAGCAACGCUAA